ACGAGUUCGAGAGUACCGAAUCAUGUCCCACGAAGAAUCUUCUCAACAAGCAGCAACACCCCAAGUGGAAAAGGGGCUCUGGCUAGCGGAUGUGUUUAACGUGCUAUACAGAGGCUGUGACAUGAUAAUGCCGGAAAAGCAGAUCGGCACCAUCAAAGUCAGUGAUGAUCAGAAUGAUCAUUACUUGUACAAGGUGGUAGAUGCAGAUAUGACUAAGUCAUCACUUCAACAGAUAGAUGAACUUAUGUUGAAUGGUCCUGAGAUAUCAUCAAUCUCAGCAGAGGAUUCCCUGAAAAUUGAUGUUGAUCUUUUUUGUGGAGCUUUCAAGGACACUUUAUAUAUCGAUGAUUGCCCCAGCGAUGAUUCGAUUGAGACGGAUUCUCCCCUCGAAAUGAAAAUCGUAUCAGAAGAUGGCAAAGGAGAGAUUUAUCUUCUGUAUGCAAUAUUUGAUAAUGCUGUAGAAGCCCAUUUGGAGGUUAAGCUGUUCGCUACUUUUGAGGUUUAUGGAUGUAUUGCUGCGAGUACAAGCAAAAUUGAAGUCCCCGGCUAUGCACAUAUGCUCUUUUUAGAGAGACCUUACAGUAAAACAAAAGCAGGACCCCUUAAUCCCCCUAAUCUAUUACUGCAUUCCAAAUCCGUAGUAGCUGUGCCGUUGGAGUCUGAGUUGCUUGUGGACAUUCACUUGAUGAGGGGUGAUGAGAUUGAUAUUCAUGAAGGCACCGUUAGUUUUGUGGCUAAACGGACAGGUAUCAGUACAGAAGUCGUGAGGGGUGCAAAAUGGAAAAUUGAAUUGGAAAUCUGCUGGAAGUGUGGGACAUGAGCCGUGGCAGCCUAGAAAUUAUAUUUAGACUAGGUGCUUAAAUUCUCCACUGUAACGAGAUAGUAAGUAGGGAUGCAUAUAUUUAUGCCAAGAGUUUCUAAUGUUUUUGGACUGAAGUACUGUAUGGUUUUUGUUGUACCUUGUA